AUGGAGCUGCCAAAUUACUUUUCUUUAUCCGUACUACCGCAACGAUGCGACAUCGAUGCGACAUCGAUGCUUGUAUCACAGUUAAGUCCUAACAUGAAGUCCAUCAAGGAUAUAGAUGAUAUAUGUCUUCGCACGCUUGCAAAAACGUCGAUGGAGAGGAGAAUAGUCCGCUUAUCCAUGAACCCACGCACACGCUUUGUGGCCCACUUUUUGAAAUUUAAUGAUACUGCGAUUUUUCUGCUGAACUUCUUCGCUAUAAUUCCGCUUGCAAAAUUAUUUGAAAUUGUCAUAGAAGACAUCUCUCGUCGUACUGGACAGACUACGGGUGCUCUCCUGGAUGCAACAUUUGGCAACUUACCUGAAUUUGUUCUUGCGAUUAUUGCUCUUAAACAAGGACAAGUCCGAGUCGUUCAAGCAUCCGUGAUGGGCAAUCUUAUAUCGAAUCUGCUUCUUGUCAUUGGAAGCAGUUUUCUUGUUGGUGGUAUAAAGUAUCAAGUGCAGGAAUUCAACGAAACAGCAGCGCAAACAACUGCUAGCUUGAUGGCAGUGGCGUGUAUUGCAUUGGUUGUUCCUGCAGCGUUCAAUAUUUCCAUUCCAGGGGGAAAAGAUUACGAAGUAGUGAAGCUGAGUCACUACACAGCAAUAAUCUUAUUGAUCGUCUAUGGAUUAUGUUUGCUAUUCCCGUUUAAAACUCAUCCUGAAUUGUAUAUUACCGAGGACGAAGAGGACGAAGAACCUGAACUCACCCUUAUUGUUUCUGCCGUCACCCUGGCUGUGACUACCGUCAUAGUCGGCUUUUGUGGUGAAUUUCUUGUAUCCUCAAUAAGUAGAAACCUCGAACCUCUACGGCUCACCAAGACAUUUGUUGGUCUGAUACUAUUUCCCCUAGUUGGUAGGCCUGCAGAAGCUGCGAUGACUGCUAAAGUUGCGAUGAAGAAUAAGAUGCAGUCGGUUAUAUUUACUGUUGCAGCACGCUCACUGCAAACUGCUUUGUUUUUUACUCCAUCCUUGGUUGUGCUUGGCUGGAUUAUUGAUCAGCCGAUGACUUUAUUGUUCGAAAUGUUUGAAACAAUAGUUUUGUUUAUUUCAGUGUUGCUUCUGAAUUACUUAAUUCAGAAUGGUAGAUCUAAUUGGUUUGCGGGUAUAUUACUUCUUGCGACAUAUAAUUUUGUUGCUAUAGCAAGUUAUCUAUACCCCGAUUAA